UAUAGUUGCUUUGGCAACAUCUUCAACUUUGAAAAAAAUAAUAAACAAAGAAGUCUUCUAAGAAUACACAUAUCACAUGUUCUUUCUAAUUUAAGCUCUCAAGAGUUACUUUAAACUUUCAGCAGAUCACAAACCCUUCUCUCUCUCUCUCUCUCUCUCUCUCUCUCUCUCUCCCUCCCUCCAAUGGAUGCUGCUGAUGCGCUUGAUCGAUCAUCGUUGACCUUUCCUCUAGUGUGUGAUGAAAGGCAACAAUAUGAGGAAGUAGAGGCAAUUGACCGUGAUCACCAAACUAAAACAACCUCUGUUUUGAAAACUUGUUUCAAUGGACUCAAUGCCCUAUCUGGAGUUGGGAUGCUAUCAGUUCCUUAUGCACUCUCAUCAGGAGGGUGGCUAAGCUUGAUACUUCUUUUUGUAAUUGCUGUUGCUGCCUUUUACUCAGGCUUGUUAAUUCAAAGAUGCAUGGAUGAAGGUUCUACUAUAAGAACUUAUCCUGACAUUGGUGAACAUGCAUUUGGGAAAAAGGGAAAAAUAGUUCUGUCAAUUUUCAUGAACACAGAACUCUACUUAGUUGCAACAUCUUUCCUAAUUCUGGAAGGAGAUAACCUACACGACUUAUUUCCAAAAAUGAAAUUGGAAGUGGCUGGAUUAACAAUUAGUGGGAAGAAGUGCUUUACAAUACUUGGUGGACUUAUUGUUCUGCCAACUGUGUGGUUUGAUAGCCUCAGCCUUCUUUCUUAUGUCUCUGCAAGUGGGGUUUUUUCAUCUGUUAUCAUUAUUGGGUCAAUUUUGUGGACUGCUGUUUUUGAUGGAAUUGGAUUUCACCAAGAGGGAUCGGUACCGCUUAAUUGGAGUGGAAUCCCUACUGCUGUUAGCUUAUAUGCCUUCUGCUAUUGUGCGCAUCCAGUGUUCCCUACGCUCUACAAAUCAAUGAAAAACAAACGUCAGUUCCCGAAUGUCCUCCUCGUGUGCUUUAUUUUAUGCACCCUUGGUUAUGCAUCAAUGGCAGUUUUAGGGUACUUAAUGUUCGGGUCAACAGUAGAAUCACAGAUAACUUUAAACCUCCCAACCAAAGAACUUAGCUCAAAAAUCGCAAUAUGGACCACCCUUAUCAAUCCAUUAUCCAAAUAUGCUUUAAUGGUUACACCAAUCCUAAAUACUGCCCAAAAUUGGUUUCCAAGUUGCUGCAAAAAAAGUCGAAGCUUCCGCCUAUUUCUCAGCACUUCCUUGGUAAUCAGCAGUGUCAUAGUAGCUUUGGCUAUACCUUUUUUUGCUUAUCUCAUGUCUCUGGUUGGAGCAUUUUUGAGUGUCACAGCUUCACUUAUUAUACCAUGCCUUUGCUACCUUAAAAUUUCAGGUACUUAUCGAAAUCUCGGAUGCGAAAUGUUGAUUAUAGGGUGUAUAAUUUUGAUGGGAGUUGUAGUUGCCAUAGUUGGUACUUACACAUCUCUACAACAAAUAAUAGAGCAUUUGUAAAUUAGUGUACCGGCUUCCUUUUUUUUUUUUUGACAAUGUAUUAAUUCCUUGCUGAGGUUUAUGUUAAUCCACACAGUAUGUUAAAGAAAUAGAUAAUCAGAGAUGGAGAGCUUUAACAGAGACGAAAAUUUCAAACUAAAUAUUCCUACUAACUUUCGUGCUCACCAGCUUUUUGCUAUUUAUGAUAAAAACUCAGUUUCUUUUCUCAUAACUUUUGAUUUACGUACGAUCGCUUAUGUGCUCGUCUCGACUUCCUCUCUAUUCAUUUUUGGACCAAAUUAAGGUUAAGAAAUAAAUAAAGUCUUCCAAAAUAUAGGAUUUCGUUAGUAACCUUCAAACCUAAUACCGUUUUUCCAGUCCUCAUUUUACCAAACAGUCUUCUCACCAUUUCCUUCAACCACUUCAUCAAUGAAAAUUAGCUAAUCACCUACUACUUCGAAAUCUUUUGAAAAUAAAAAAAAAAAACAUACCGAACACAUGUUUUGUAUAAUAUUUGCGUAAUUUUGUAA